GUGACGUCACUUCCGUUCAGCGCACCGCUUGGUCUUCGGUGUUCGUGCAGUAGAGGAUGAGCGGGCUGCAGUGCGCAGGCGCGGAUCGCUUCCAGUACCUGCAGUCUCUGGUCACUGAGUUCCAGGACACGGACAGUACAGAUGCCAAGGAACAGGUCCUGGCAAAUCUGGCCAACUUUUCCUAUGACCCUAAGAACGUCUCACAUCUUCGACAACUCCAGGUUCCUGAUUUGUUCUUGGAUAUGUUGACGGAAGAUAAUGAAACCUUGGUGGAGUUUGGCAUAGGAGGCCUUUGUAAUUUAUGCCUGGAUAAAGCCACCAAGAGUCACAUACUGGCUUCCGGGGGGGUGAGCCUUGUGAUCAACUGUCUGUCCAGUCGUCGUGAAGAGACUGUUCUGUCGGCCAUAACAGCACUCAUGUACCUGAGCACAGCCGCUUCCCGGAUGGAGAUCACCACCCAGCCGGUUGUGGAGUGCAUGCUCCGAUUCUCACUCUCCACCAACCGUAGACUUAGUAAUCUAGCCACUGUAUUCCUGGAGGAUUAUUGCUCUGAAGAUCAAGUACAGGUAGCCCGGACUGUAAACCAGCACACUGCCCUGGGAAUACCUCUCCCCAACGACUGAGCUUACCCAUCAUUUCCCUUAUGAAUUAUCACCUGUCUAGUUACCAUACAUUUCCCCUGCAAUUACAAGAUGCAAUCAACGACAAAUGUGCAAAUGAUCACUGGACACAUGAUUAUCUGCGACAGCAUGGUGCAGCAAUCUCCGGCAGUCCAGCUAAUGUAAAACUACAACUCCCACCAUGCAUACUUACUCGGCUAUUCUUGUACCUUGCAUAGAAGUGAAAGGAGAAAUUAGCCUUGCGUCUUACAGAAUAUCUCCAUUGAUUGAUCAGUGACCCUCCAGCAGCAGCACGGUUUAAUAAUGCUUUUGCUAGUUGCAAGUAUAUGCUGUUCCCAGCACGUGUGCAGCUAGUAGAGGCCAACCCGUGGAAUACUUUCUGAAUGAGGCUUUCAGAUUCUGCUUAUUUUGUUGCAGAAUUUACCACAACUGAAAAUCAGUUCCAUUCACCUGAAGGGAGCUCGCAGAAAUCCAUGUGCUUGCCUCCCCAUUCAAAUCAAUGGAAUAAAAAAAUUCAGCGACAAGAUCCAUAACGUGUGAGGGCAUCCUUAUAUGUAUCCUAAAUUUCUUUUUAUGCAUUUAUGACUUAUAAUCUUAGGCUACUUUCACCCUAGCGUCAUGGAUCUGCAAAAACUCUUCCGUUACCAUAGUACAACUGCUUGCAUCCGUCAUGAACGGAUUUGGUUGUACUAUGUCUUGUAUAGCCAUGACGGAUCCGU